AUGUAGAACAGCAUAGAUGAAUUCGAAUUUAGGAUGAACGAAUUUUCAGAACUCUUGAAAUAGGAUUUGUUUUCCAAGGACGGAAACUAGAAAUUGCAAGGUGAUUGUAAAUAUUUUGCCAACCUAUUUGCUGAUUUGCUGAGAGAAAAUUAUAAAUUGAAAGAUUAGAUCAUUGAACAUCUGCGACAAAUUUCAGUUUACAGAGAAGAGCUUUAAAAGAUAACAUUUGACGUCAAUUAAACAACGAAUGAAGAUAGAAAAUUUUCAAAAGAUAUGGCCUCAAUUGAACUGUUAGUUAAAUAUUUGGUUGAAGACUAGCGAUACUUCUAUAUGGAGAAAGAAAAAAUGAUAGCUGCUAUGAAAUAAAAAGGCAAAGAAUUUGAAAUUUUAAAGGAACAACAUAUUUAGUAAAUAAAGGAACUUGAAUAAAUGAUGACUGAUAAAAAAAUUAAAUGGAAAAAUAGAUUCAAAAAACAAGUUUAAGAUGGACUGGACAAUGUCGAAUAGAUAUCACUCUUGGAAGACAAAAUAUUACAACUGAAUUCAGAAAUCCAAUAGCAUUAAUAGAAUAUUUUGAGCUAUGAAUCUGAAAUAACAAGGAAGGAUUUGAAAUUGUAGUAUUAUUAAAAAUUAGAAUAAGAAUUCUAAACAAAAUAGACCGAUAUUGAUAUUAAACAUGAUUUUGCAAUGAAAGAAUUAUACAAAAAACAUAAAAAUGAAAUAAAAGAAUAAAAAAUAUAGUAUGCAAACAAUCAAAAACAGUUAUAAAACAACUAUGAAGACAAAUUUUAAAUUUUGUAAAAAAAUGCCGAAGUUUAUCAAGUCUAAUUGGAGUAAAAAACUAAUGAAUUCUUAAAACUCUCAAGCGAAUACGAUGCCUUGAUUCAAUUAUACAAAGAAAACAAAGAAAAGUAUAGUGUUGUCGUUCAGGAUCUAGAGAAUUCAAUUCAAACAUAGAAAUAGGAGAACCAAGCACUCUUAGAAAAGUAUACCAAAUUAAAUGAAGAUCAUGAAUUAACUAAGAAAUAGCUGAAAAAUUCCAAGGAAGAAGUUUUUAAAUAGGCUAGUGACAUUUAAAAUCAAUAAAAGGAGAUUAAAUCACUCCAAUUGAAUGUAUAAAGCCUAGAAAAUAAAAUGAAAGAAAAAAUAGAAAGAUUUUAGAGAUUACAAGAAUAAAUGAAAGUGGAUCAUAAUAAAUAACUUUAGAAGACUAAAGAAGAUAUGGAGAAAUAAUCUGAUAAUAGAUUGAAUUAAUUUUAAAAAAAUGCCCAAGAAUAAUAUGAAUUAUUAACUCGGUAGAAAAAUACAGAAAUUAGUAGAUUGAAAGGGUAAUUGGAUUCUUCUAUAAGUAAGUUUGAAUAAUAUGAGUUGAUACAUAAAGAUCAGAUAUCUAAACUAGAAUAAUAAGCUUAAAAUAAGCUGGUAGAAUUUAAUGAAAAGGUAGCAAAAUUAAAAGAAGAACAAAAUCUCAAAGAUAUGGUAUUAAAAAAUAAGGAUACAGAAAUUUAGUAGUUGCAAGCUCGCAUUUAACUUUAAGUUGAUGAAUUCAAAAUGCAAGUAAAGGAAGUAGAAUGCAAAUUUUAGGAAGAAAUUAUAGUUCUAAGGGAUGGAGUCGAAAUCCUUAUCAAAUCUGCUAAAAAGCCAUUAGAAGAUAAGGUUUUAAGUUUAACAACGUCUUGUGAAUAAAAAUAAAAUUAAUUAGGUAAUCUGUAGAAUCAAUUUAAUUAACUACAAUCUAAAUAUAUUGAUUCUGAAUAAAAAAGUCAUGAGAGAAUUAUUUAAUUGUAAGAUGAAAUGAAUAUGUCAUUGAAUGUUUUUAAUAAAAUGAAUGACAAUUUGACAACAAAACUAUAGAGAAUGAUGGAAUAAACUAAACAAAUUCAAUAAAACUAUUUUAUCUUGAGUGAGCAAGUCUAAACAAAGAAUAAUGAAAUACUCUCAUUAUAAUCAGAAAUUAAAAAUAAGGAAUAAGCAAGGUAGUAGGAGAAUCAUAAACACUAAAAAUUAGUUAAAGAAUUGCAAAUAUUUAUUGGAAAUAAGGAUAUUGAAUUAACACAAUUAAAUAAUCAAUACAUAGAAACUCUUGGGAUUACUCAAGAGUUAAAUAAUAAGAUAUAGACUAUCAAUAAUCAAUAUUAAUAAGAAAAAGAAACUCUAAUCUAAGAGAUAGCUAAGAAAUAAAAGGAAAUAGUUCAAAAGUAAGAGGAAAUUACAUAAACCAAGAAAAUUGCUUAACAAUAAUAAUAUCUGUUAGAACAAUAAUUGAAUAACUAAAAAAGUAAUUUUGAAUAGCAGGUUAAGAUUUUGGAGCAAAAUUAAGUUAAAUUAGAGCAAAUAGAUAUAGAAUAGUAAACAGAGUUUGAAUUGGAUGGUGUGAUUUAUGAAGAUAGUUAAUAAUUACAAUUAGCUCUUAAAGAAAAGGAAUAAGAAAUUAUGAAGGAGAUUGAAUUAAAUCAUUAGAAGGAAAAGGCUGAAUUGAUAAUUAGGUAUGAAUAGAUAAUAGAUUAAUUAUAAUAAGGAACUUAACAAGAGGGAAGUGAAAAUUAGGAGUAAAGAAAGCCAAUAAUUUAAAUAGUUGAAAAAAUAAUUUAUAGAGAAGCUCCAAAAAAAGAAAGUAAUAUUUAAGGAUUAGAUGUCAUUGUGAAAUAGUGUUAAAAAGAAUUGGAAGAGGCUAAGGAAAAAGCAUUGUCAGAAAAAUAAGAGAGUUAGGAAUAUGUUAACUAAUUGACACUUAAAUUUCAGGAUAUUUUAAAAGAAAAUGAGAAAGAGUUAGAAGACAUGAAUGAGUAGGUAUAGAUUUUGAAAAGUUAAAUAACGCAAUUGAAGAAAGACAAUAAUAUGUUGAAAUAAGACAUGAUUGAAUAAGAAUUAAAAUAUCAAUUGUAAAUUUAAUAGAUGAAGGAGUAAAGUGAUGUACAAUUAAAUACAUUAACUGAGACUUGCAAUUAGGAAAUUGAAGAGUACAGAAAGAAAUACGAGGAGAAAUACACUUAAUUUGAAUAAUUAAGGAAAUAGUAUUAGGAAAGAUUGGCAAGACCAGAUGACACUGAGACGAUCUAACGUUUACUUAAAGAUCAUCAAGAGCUAUAUCACUUAGUAAUAAAUGCUUAUGAAAAAGUAAAAGAAGCAGGAGAUAUUAUAAAAUAUUUAGAUUUGGAAGUAUAGAAUUACAAGAAGGCUAAUGAUAUAUUUGGAGGCUCUUAACUUGCAUCUUAACCACCUCCUAGUCUAAGCACAUAGAAAAUGCUUUAGAGAGUGGCUUAAAUUAAAUAGGAUUUAGAAAUCACGUAGAAUAAGAUAUAAUAGAAAAAAUCUGAUAACACUUUAGCAAGAGAAAAUACAAAUAAUUAAGAAGAGAGAUAAUUAUCGCAUUUAUCAGAUUAUUCAGAAUUGAAUUCUAAGUUAUAAUUAGAUUCAAAAUUGCCACCAAAAAGAAAAAAACUGCCUAAAAUGAUGACAUCCAUGAGAUCCAAUUUAAGUGAUGCAUAGCCUUCCUCUUAAAACUAGACAUAAAGAUAAGUAGAGGAGAAACCAGAUGUUCCAUUAUUCAAGUUUGAUUAAGAUGAUUAAGUAAUAAUGGAGGCACCUGUGUCUUUUAAUGCUUUUGUAGAUUAACGACAACAUGGAAGCUAGAUGUCUCAACAAAGACAAAAUAAAUACACAGUCUAUAUAGAAAAGAAGAAAAAGGAUAUGAUUAACAUCUCUGAUAUUGUUUAGUAAUAAUAGGUGAGUCCUGCUGAGUCCAGAUAUACAAGAAGAAGACUAGAACAGUCAUAGUAGUAGCAAUAGUAACCAAAAAAGUUUGUGCCUUAUUAUUUAAGAAAUCCAGAAGUGUAGCCGAGAUUUAAAUCGUAGAAAAAAGAUUCAUCCUUCAAAUUUAAUUGA